UCCCCCCUGCAUCUGACAGGCCUCUCGGGAGCUGUGCCCCCCUCCACCAUCUGCUCACGUGACUCCCACAAUCCUCCUCAGCAUCACGGCAGCCAUCUUGGUCAACACCCUCCCAUUUGCAGCGCAUGCAGCCAAUCCGGUGAAAGCAAGCGACUGGGCUGUGAGGGAGGGACUGAGAGAGAGAGAGAAAGAGACAUCUCUGAUUGUAGCUUCGCUGAGGCUCAUACAGCAUCUCAAUCCCCUGGCUGUGCUGAGCCAGAGAGCACUCAAGCCUUUAUUCACACGAAGGAUUUUAGCUGUCGCUGCUCAUUCACAAGGCGAGGCCAUUGAGCCCCGGAAGAAUAGCAUCCCUUUGGUCAGGUUUCCCGUGGACUGCUCGUUUAUUUUUCCCCUUCCUUCUUUCUUUGUUUUCCUUGACUCUUUUUUCCUUUCUCCUUUGUGCUGGAGAAGAGUCUUGCUUGGACUGGAUUUAAAAAAACAAACAAAAAAAAUUAAUCUUCCUUCCUAUUCCCUGCUCCUGACUCUUCACUGAGGGCCGUCAUCGUGAGUGUUGUUGUUGUCGCAGCAGCUAUCAGCUGAGUCACCAUGUCUGAUCUGACGCCCCAGAGCGAUGCCCCCACCCCCACUACUGACAAGAUCACACAGGCCGCCAGAGAGACCAUCUACCUAUGCAACUUCCGCGUGUCGGUGGAUGGCGAAUGGCUGUGCCUGCGCGAGCUCAAUGACAUCUCGCUAACGCCAGAUCCCGAGCCGACUCAUGAAGAUCCCAAGGACCCCAUUGCCAUCGAGAGGCUUAACCUGAUGAACAUGGCCAAGCUGAGCAUCAAGGGCUUGAUUGAGUCUGCACUGAACCUGGGCCGCACACUGGACUCAGACUAUGCCCCACUGCAGCAGUUUUUUGUCGUCAUGGAGCACUGUCUGAAACACGGACUUAAAAGUAAGAAGACGUUCCUUGGUCAGAAUAAGUCUUUUUGGGGUCCUCUGGAACUUGUAGAAAAGUUGACUCCAGAAGCUGGUGAGAUCACAGCCAGCGUCAAAGACCUUCCUGGGCUCAAAACCCCAUUAGGAAGAGGCAGAGCAUGGCUUCGUCUGGCCUUAAUGCAGAAGAAGCUCUCAGACUACAUGAAGACCAUCAUCAACCGAAAAGACCUGCUCAGUGAAUUCUAUGAACCCAAUGCUCUUAUGAUGGAGGAGGAAGGAGCUGUGAUUGCUGGGCUGUUGGUGGGCCUGAAUGUCAUUGAUGCUAACUUGUGUAUGAAAGGGGAAGAUUUAGACUCACAGGUUGGAGUCAUAGAUUUUUCCAUGUAUCUGAAAGAUGGUGCACACAGCAGCAAAAGCACAGAAGGUGAUGGACAGAUCACAGCUAUUCUUGACCAGAAGAAUUACGUUGAGGAACUGAACAGACAUUUAAGUGCGUCAGUGAAUAACUUGCAAGCCAAAGUGGAUGCACUGGAAAAAUCCAACACAAAACUUACAGAGGAGCUUGCUGUGGCAAACAACAGGAUCAUCACUCUCCAGGAGGAGCUGGAAAGGGUGAAGGAGGAAAGCUCUUACUUUGUGGAGUCUAGUCGCAAGGCAUCAAGGGCAGAUGGUACCGCAAACGGUCAAGUGCUUGGAGAAGCUCGCAAACAGCUCAAAGAGGAAACUCAGCUCAGACUGGAUGUCGAGAAAGAGUUGGAGGUGCAGAUAGGGAUGAAGCAAGAGAUGGAGCUGUCCAUGAAGAUGCUAGAAAAGGACAUCUGUGAAAAACAUGAUGCUUUGGUGGAGCUCAGACAGCAGUUGGAUGAAAUGCGUACACUCAACCAUGAGCUCUCCAUUAAGUCACAGAGCUCAGAGGCCGGUGGAAAACAGAAAAGUGACAUCAUCAGUCGCAUGGAGGAGAAAACAAACCAGAUGGGGAGCAUUAUUAAACAGCUGGAGAGCAGAUGUAAGAAGGCGGAACGAGAGCGGGACCUGGCUGACGAGGCCAAUCGACUCUUUAAGCAGGAGUUUGGAGACAAGAUUGAGAGUCUGCAGGAAGAGGUGGAGCAGUUACGGAGACAGAGAUGGCUUUUGGAACAAGAGCUCAGGAAAUGGCAAGAGAAUCCUGGAGGCCACAUACCUGAGGCUCUGUUAGGAAAACCACCACCUCGGAGAGACAUGAAACAGCAUGUGGAGGACAUCAGAAGGGAGUUAGAGUCUGUUAAAAAAGAAAAUGAUACACUGCGUACUGCACUUGAGGAAAAGUCAAGUCUAAGUUCCAGUUUGACGCUGUCACAUGAAGAUGAACAGGACCAGUCUCUUUGUAAAGACACUGACCCUACCAUCUGCCCAAUGUGUGAAAACCAAGACACUCUGACUACACCCAAGAGGCAAUGUAAGAACUGCAGUGGUGUGUUCUGUGAGAACUGCAUGGCCAAUGAACUCCCUCUGCCCUCCUCCAUCAACCCUGAACACGUGUGUGAUGUUUGCUACUCUCAGUUAAUGCAGCAGUACGCAUCCUCCCCUUCCUGAGGGGGGCUCGUUUCUGAGCACAGAUUAUUCUGGCAGUAGUUAAAUGGGUAAUCAUGAAAAAUGACACAUCACAUUCUAAAUCAUCAAUCAUCAAUCAGUACCAGGCAUCUCGGUUAAGCAACAUAUCAAUUAUUUUGUUUGCAUACAUUUGCCAAAAAGGGAUUAUUUUUACAAGCUCUUGUGGGAAAUGCUUUAAAGAUUUUCAUGUUUUCAUAUAAUUCUUGAGGAUGAGUGAAACUGUCCACCAAGUGGAUUUAUGUGGUUCUAGUAUUUGAAUGGUCUCCAUGUCAUUCAUGAUAGCAAGCAGGAUAUACAAUAACAAAAUAGUGAAGUAUUAAAAAUAUAUAUAUAUAUAAUGAAUUAGGAGAUGAUGGAUUGUAGACAGGAUAGUGUCAGCUUUUUGAAAACCAUGGCACUCAACAAUGCCCAUAAACUAACAUUUUAAACUUUUGAGUCCAAAACUCAUCAGUUGUCUAAGAUGAUACAAUUCAAACAAAACAGCAUAUUAUGGAACUCGCCACAGAGAAGACCAUAAUUGAAAUGGAAAUAAAAUGAAAUUAUGUAAAGAGAUAAAAAGGAAGUUUUAUGCCUGUGUAAUAAUGCUUUUUAUUCUUAAUAACUGAACAAUAAAAUAUUAUAAUUUGGA